CAAAGCAGAAUUAGGGUUUAUUGCAGCAAGCAAAGACUGAGAGAGAACUCGCCGCCUGUAUUUUCCUCGCAUCUUCAACUUCAACCAUGAUCAUUUCGGAGAAGAAUCGCCGUGAGAUCUCCAAGUACCUCUUCCAAGAGGGAGUUUGCUAUGCGAAGAAGGACUUCAAUCUGGCGAAGCACCCCGAGAUCGAUGUGCCUAAUCUACAGGUAAUAAAGCUGAUGCAGAGCUUCAAGUCCAAGGCGUACGUGCGCGAGACCUUUGCUUGGAUGCACUACUACUGGUAUCUCACCAACGACGGCAUUGAGUUCCUCAGGACUUAUCUCAACCUGCCCUCCGAGAUUGUCCCAGCAACCCUGAAGAAACAGGCUCGUCCUGCUGGUCGGCCCUUUGGCGGCCCAUCUGGAGAUCGCCCACGUGGCCCUCCUCGUUUUGAGGGAGAGAGGAGAUUUGGUGACCGAGAUGGGUACCGUGGAGGUCCCCGUGGACCCGGUGGUGACUAUGGUGACAAGGGCGGAGCACCUGCUGACUACAGGCCUAGUUUUGGGGGUCCUGGUGGAAGGCCUGGCUUUGGUCGUGGAGCUGGUGGUAUUGGUGGUGGUGCCCCAGAGAGCUCAAAUCUUUCUUGAGAGUUAUGGCUCCUGUUCCUACAUUGCAUGGUUUUUGUUAGUUCAAUUCUUAAGCCGAAUCCAUUUCACUUGCUGCAUAUGGGAGCUGAAUAGCAAUUCUUCUUUUUGUUCGUCUGGUGUUUGAAAAUGUUAGAUGUUGGAUUGGUAAUAGUUGCUAUUUAAUUUUCCUGCUUUAUGAAUCGUCUUUCAUUACUACUUCUGAAGCAUUAUCUACAUAUUUUUGUUUUAUGACAUUUGUGACACUUCCACCUUUAUCCAUCAAUACACCACCACCUUCUUUUGGUAACCAUUA